CAAGUAAAGGCGCUAAAUGGCGAAUUGGAGAUCCAUAAAUCUUGUCCGAUACCUCGUCCCGGCCACUUAAACUCAAGGGCCGAGUGAGAAUCCCGCGUAUUUCCACUGCGGCUAUUUAAGCGGAAAGGCACCAGGUACCGCCGCGCGCUAAUUUGGCUGCAGAGAUACAUCUCGGCGCCGCCUACCCCUGAAAUCCCAGCUCGAACACCCCCGUCGCCCAGCGAGCCAAUAGCGUUACAUCACGAUCCCAAAAAGUUCCCAUCUCUGGCUUCUUCAACGCGGUGCGCGACAGAGCGCAUUUUUCUGGUUUCUUGUCUUGUCUCCCACCGCUCCUCGCAUCUGUAAGCGCUGCCCGUUCUCGUGGCGUGAGGAAAUCAGCGGGCGUGAGUAACUAGCGAUCUGCUCCAGAGCUGCUUAAGCAAUUCUUCCAUCGACACCUUCACUUCGCUAGAAAUCUCGACAAAAGGGCAGCUCGUCACCAUGGCGACCCGAUAUUCGCUGCGCCAGACUCCUCGGAAGAAGGAGCUCUUCGACGGCAUGGUUGAGACGCCAAAGAAGCAGUCUUCGCGCGCUCGCCAGUCCUCACAGGCCCCCGAAGCCGCAGACAUCGUAGAGUCUGUUGAGCCCGCCGCCCCUCGCGAACGCAUCACCCGCCGUCGCACCGCCAAGUUCAUCGAGAACUUGGAUGAGGACGACAUUAAGCCCCUCAAUGGCACUGCCAACGGUCACGUAAAUGGCCAUACCAAUGGCAGCGCCAACGGUCACGCCAAUGGACAUAGCAACGGUCAUGCCAACGGCGCACCGAACGGAAAGGAUGCGAUCCACACAAACGGAAACUCUGAGAGUCACAUGGUGGACGGCUGGAAGCCAGGCCAGGAUCCCAAGAUCGACUACUCGGGCGAGUUUGAAUUCGGCGGCUCGAUAGGCACCGGGUUCAUGAUGCUCUUUUUCCCCAUCCUCAUGUGGUACAUGUGGGUUGGCGCCACCUUCUACAACGGCAAGUUCCCUUCUCGCACUCCCGGCCAGAGCUGGGCUGAGUUCGGAACUCAUCUGGUCGACCUCGUCUGGACCAAUGCAUUCCCCCACUCAAAGGCAUGGAUUUGGUACUGGAGCUACCUCAUCUUCGAGGGUGCAUGCUACUGUCUUCUUCCCGGUGUCUGGGGCAAGGGCAAGCCUCUUCCCCACGCCGGUGGCAAGCAGCUCGAUUACUUCUGCAACGCCUAUGCUAGCUUGUACACUACGUUCGCCGUCCUUGGUGCUCUGCACUUCUCCGGCAUCUGGCCCCUCUACACGGCCCUCGACGAGUUUGGUCCUCUGUUGUCGGUUGCCAUCUGCAGCGGCUUCAUUGUCAGCUUCAUCGCUUACUUCUCUGCUCUGUGGAGAGGCAAGCAGCACCGCAUGACUGGCUACCCCGUCUACGACUUCUUCAUGGGCGCUGAGCUGAACCCCCGCAUGUUUGGCAUUCUUGACUUCAAGAUGUUCUUCGAGGUUCGCAUGCCCUGGUACUUCCUCCUGAUUCUCAGUCUCGGUGCGGCUGCGCGUCAGUAUGAGCAGUACGGCUACGUUUCUGGCGAGGUCAUGUUCCUCGUCAUGGCUCACUACCUUUAUGCCAACGCCUGCGCCAAGGGCGAGGAGCUCAUCAUCACGACUUGGGACAUGUACUACGAGAAAUGGGGCUUCAUGCUCAUCUUCUGGAACCUUGCUGGUGUCCCUCUGUCUUACUGCCACUGCACCCUCUACCUGGCCAACCACGAUCCCGCCACUUACCGCUGGAACCGUUAUGCCCUGGUCGUCAUGUACGGUGCCUACCUUUUCUGGUACUGGGUCUGGGACAGCUGCAACAGCCAGAAGAACCGCUUCCGUGCCAUGGAGAAGGGAAACCUCAUCAAGCGCAACACGUUCCCCCAGGUCCCGUGGCAAACCCUCAAGAACCCCAAGACCAUCAAGACUCCUCAGGGCACCAUCCUUGUCGACGGCUGGUAUGGUCUUGCUCGCAAGAUCCACUACACCUCUGACCUUUGGUUCUCCGUCUCUUGGGGUCUGAUCACCGGAUUCGAGAGCCCCUUCCCUUGGUUCUACCCCGUCUUCUUCGGAUGCAUGAUUGCCCACCGCGCGCAUAGAGACAUCACCCGCUGCCGCGCCAAGUACGGCGAAGCGUGGCUCGAAUAUGAACGACAGGUUCCCUAUCUCUUCAUUCCUUACGUCAUCUAAGAACAAUUCGUUUCGUGACCGGGCUCCGCUUCUCCCGUACAUAUUAAAGAGUAAUCUCUCUUGACAAGAGAGAAGAAUUUCUAAAUUUUCUUUUUUUCGGCAAAAGCAUGUGAUAGAUAUAAUACAAAGGGCGACGCAAAUGGGCCAUGCUUAUUCCCCAUUCAGACGGGGAGGGAAAAACAACUGGAAGAAAGAAAACUUUGACGGAAAAUGUUUUUUUAAUAAAUGAUGUAAGACGAUCAGAUUGGGAUUAGGGAUCAAGAAUUAUCGACAAGACUUAAUGUUUGUAUCAUGCAGUUUUAGGAUGGAUGGACGCAAAGAUAUUACUAGUAGCAUUAAUUAAUAG